AUGAGGGCGGCCGCGCCGCGGGGCGGCCCAGGCGGCCCUGCCAAGGCAUUGGAGUUGCUGCGGACGCUGCCCCGGGUCAACCUGGGCAACCUGCAACCCAACCCAGAAAACAAGCGCAAGACAAAAUGUAGACGUGGACGUCAUGGAGGUGGUCGAGGCCACAAAGGAUACGCACGAGGAGGAAAUCGUCCCCGAUUAGGCUUUGAGGGUGGCCAGACUCCGUUUUAUUUGGUUAUUCCAAAAUACGGGUAUAAUGAGGGACACAGUCUCAGGCGCCAGUAUCAUCCCCUCAGUCUGAGAAGGCUACAGUAUCUUAUUGACUUGGGUAGACUUGACCCCACACAGCCAAUCGACUUGACGCAACUCACGAAUUCCAGGGGUGUGACAAUACAGCCACUCAAAAGGGAUUAUGGUGUCCAACUAGUGGAGGAGGGGGCUGAUAUCUUUUCAGCAAAAGUAAAUAUUGAAGUGCAGAUGGCACCUGAGUUAGUUGUUGCUGUAAUUGAAAAAAAUGGAGGGAUUAUUACAACAGCCUUCUAUGAUCAAAGGAGUCUGGAUAUAGUGUGCAAGCCAGUACCAUUUUUUCUGCGUGGUCAGCCUAUUCCAAAGCGCAUGCUUCCACCUGAAGAUCUAGUUCGUUAUUACACAGAUCCCAAGAAUCGUGGGUAUUUGGCAGAUCCAUCAAAGGUUCUAGAAGCCAGGCUUGAACUUGCCAAGAAAUAUGGUUUUGUUUUACCAGACAUGACAAAAGAUGAACUCUUCCAAAUGCUAAGUACACGCAAGGAUCCUAGACAGAUUUUCCUUGGUCUUGCUCCAGGUUGGGUGGUGAACAUGAGUGAAAAGAAAAUCCUUAAACCAGUAGAUGAGAGGUUGCUAAAAUACUAUAGCUCAUGAAGUCUGGAUUUGGAGACAACUGCAGGUGUACAGGAAACAUCUGGCAGUGAAAUAAUGGAUUAGAAAUGGGAUUUGUUUACUAGUACAUUUUAUUGUACUAGUCAGAGUAUUAUUAUAAAUUCAUGAUUGUAUAAUGGUACAGGUACAUCUUCAUUUUUUUUCUUUAUUGUCCUUAAUAUGGCGUAGUGAGAAAUUCCAACUUUAGAAAUGCUGUAAAAUCUGAUAUGAAUAAAAUACAUGUUCAGACA